AUGUCUUCCUGGGCACCCCAGCAAGAAGGUUUACGAGAAGUCAUCGAGACUAUCCGCGAAAACGACGCUAUCCAAAGCCAGACCGCCCAGCGAGAAACAACACUCAAAUUGAGCAACUUUACACGCAUCCCAGAUUACCUUGCCUACCUGGGCUACAUCCUUUCCGCUCUUCCCCAUGAGGAAGAGCGUGUCAGCUCUGCGGCGGGCUACCUGAUCAAGAAUAACGCGCGGUUGAUUCUGCGGGCGUCGCCCGACGUGGUGGAAUAUGUGAAGAAGGCAGUCCUGAUAGGCUUCACAAAUCCCGCGCCGCUCGUUCGCAAUGCGGCUUCUGGUGCCAUCAUCAACCUUCUGGGCAUCCUGGAGCCCAAGAACUGGCCGGAAUGUCUACAGCAGUUGGUAGCGAUGUUGGACUUGACAAAUCAAGAGCAACAAGAGGCUGCAUUCAACGUACUUGAGAAGGCAUGCGAGGACUAUCCACGCAAGCUGGACGUGGAGAUCAACGGUACUUGGCCACUCAAUUUUAUGAUCCCGCAAUUCCUGGUGCUGUCCGAGCACCCAAGCCCAAGAAUGCGUGCACAUGCCCUCGCAUGUUUGUCGUACUUCAUCCCGAUCGGAUGCCAGUCCCUUUUCACGCACCUAGACACCUUCAUUGCGUGUCUCUUCAAGCGUGCAUCAGAUGAAGAUCCCGCCGUCCGCCGCCACGUCUGUCAGGCGCUCGUCUUGCUUCUGGCGUCACGCCCCGAGAAGUUGAUGCCCGAGUUGCCCAACGUCUCCGAGUAUAUGCUUUACUCUACGAAGGACAAAAAUGAGAAUGUCGCAUUGGAGGCAUGUGAAUUCUGGCUCACAUUCGCCGAAGACCCCGAUCUCGCUCCAUUUCUACAUCCACUACUGAGCAAGGUCGCGCCCGUCCUGUUGGACUGUAUGGUUUACGGCGAGGACGACCUACUUUGGCUCGAAGGGGAUGCCGAAGAUGCUGCAGUCCCUGACAAGGACACCGAUAUCAAGCCACGACACUACGGGGGCAAGGCGCACGGCUUCGAACACGAGUCCAAUGGGGACGAACUCUCGAAGCCUCGCGUUGGCGCAUAUGGCGAAGAACUUGAGGAUGAUGACGAUGAGUUUGACGACGACGACGACUUCGCCGACGAGAUGUCCACGGAGUGGAACCUCCGCAAGUGUGCCGCAGCGGCAUUGGAUGUCCUUGCCGUCCGUUUCGGCGUUGACCUUCUGAAUGUGCUCCUCGAGCCAUUGAAACUGAAGCUUUGGAAUGAAGAUUGGCUACAGAGGGAAAGCGGCAUUCUCGCUCUGGGUGCGAUGGCCGAAGGUUGCAUUGAUGCGGUUGAACCACACUUACCAACCCUGAUUCCAUAUCUCGUCAACAUGCUGAACGAUCCCAAGCCUCUCGUGCGAUCGAUCACCUGCUGGACGCUUGGAAGAUAUGCUAGCUGGUGUACUCAGCCCUUCUCAGACGAGCACAAGAACUCGUUCUUUGUUCCCACGCUUGAAGGGCUUCUCCGAAUGAUACUGGAUAACAACAAGCGCGUCCAAGAGGCUGGCUGUAGUGCUUUUGCCACUCUGGAAGAAGACGCUGGUCUCGAGUUGGCGCCGUACCUUGAGCCGGUGUUGCGCAACUUGGUCUUCGCGUUCGAGAAAUACCAACACAAGAAUAUGCUAAUCUUGUAUGAUGCAAUCGGCACCCUCGCUGACGCUGUUGGACCGGCGUUGCAGAACCCUCACUACGUCGACAUUUUGAUGCCGCCACUCCUCAAGCGUUGGAGCAAACUGAAAGACGAUGAUGAGGACCUCGUGCCCUUACUGGAGUGUCUCGCUUCCGUUACGAUUGCCAUGGGCUCUGCAUUCGUGCCUUAUGCAGGCCCAGUCUUUGAGCGUUGCACCAAUAUUGUCCACGGUUCACUUCUGCAAUAUCAAGCUUACCAGCAGAACCCCGAGAUGGACGAGCCUGACCGUUCAUUCCUGGUUGUUGCUCUCGACCUGCUGUCGGGCUUGACACAGGGUCUAGGCUUGAAUCUCCAGGCUUCGAUCAAUCGUAGCCACCCCAACAUCUUAUCCUUGCUGGUCAUAUGCCUGAAGCAUCCGCAGGCGCCAGUUCGCCAAUCAGCGUAUGCGCUUGUAGGCGACCUCGCGAUGAAUUGCUUCGACCUCCUUCGCCCAUACGCGCCGGCGAUCAUGAACGAGCUCAUCGAGCAGCUCGAUCCUGAGCCGAAGGUGGAGUUUAUCAGCGCAUGCAAUAACGCAGCCUGGUCGGUUGGGGAAGUUGCUCUUCGGUAUGGAAGAGACGAUGCUGAAUUCCGGCAGUGGGUCCAGCCGCUCAUCUCGCGCCUGAUUCCUAUUCUACUCCACCCGAAGGCACCACGGAGCCUGCAUGAGAACGCGGCGGUGUCAAUAGGGCGUAUCGGGCUGAUGCAUCCUGCAAUGGUUGCGCCCCUGUUGCCGGAAUUCGCGCAGGCUUGGUGCCAGGCACUAUACGAGAUUCGUGACAAUGACGAGAAGGACUCCGCUUUCCGCGGGUUCUGCACCCUUGUGCAGGUCAACCCGGCUGGUAUCAUGAAGAGCCUUCUGUGGUUCUGCAACGCAAUCGUCAGAUGGAAUCGCCCGUCAAACGACCUGAACACUAUGUUCCAACAGAUCCUCGCUGGGUUCAAGCAGCAUGAUCCCGCCGGAUGGGCACAGCAAAUCGCUGGUUUCCCUCCUGCUAUUCAGGAACGCUUGGCCCAGCGCUAUGGUGUCUAA